AUGGGUAGUGUGCAUGGUUGGAUUGCUUGGGGGGGGGGGUUGCACGGGUCCGAUGUGGAGGAGUCUGAAGGCAUGAAGAAGGUAAGAAAAGUACUUGAGAAAGCCUUUUCCCGUAAGUUGUAUGACUCAGAGGUGGAGAGGAUAAGAACAUUCGAGAAAGAACUCUGCUUAGACACAAGAGUGAUGAUUCCAUUUAUUUUUCAUGGAGAUAGAGUUGUUGCACUCCCAACCACAAGAUACCAGGAUGUAGAUAAAAGUGAAAAGAAGUAUGUCGAAGGAGUUGUUAUGCAACUUCGACGGCUGGUGUGGCGUUUGAUGGUAUGGAUGCAUGUGCCUGGAGGUAGUAGUUGGAUUGAAAGUUUGAUAAACGAAGUUUUUGAGGCGACCGUUUCCAGGGAUUCAGAUCCUGUUUCCCUGUAUAAGGGGGCCAGGAGAAGAUCUGGGAUCCGGCUGAUGGACCUGGUGAUGGAAGUAUUUAAGCAAAAUGUCAGUAUGGUGAGUGAGUUUGGACAACGGCUUGCCCGCUCUGCAGAGGAUCGGAUGCAGGGGAUACCAGGGUCUCUGUCGCCUGAGGAAAGGAAGAAAGAAGAGGAGAUGCUGUGGAAGAUCAAGGAGCAUGGAGAAAGGUUGUGUACCAAAGAAAGGCAAGAGGAGAUGGUUAGGGCACAGAAGAUAAUAUGCGAUGUGUGUGCAUAUGUCUGGGAGAAAGAUGAAGACAGAAUGAGCUUUAUUAUGGAAGUAUAUUCAAGACAUUUGUGCUUAAAGAUAGUAAUGCCUUACACUGAUAUUGAGGUGCCGCUAAUUAGUUAUAUAGAUCACCAUAAACUGGUGAGUACAGAUGAGAAAUAUAAGAGUGUGGACAUUAUGGCAGAAGUAUUCAAGCAAGCAUUUAUAGAGCAUAAAGGUAUUGAUGAUGAGAGCAUCAACAAUGCAGUUCGUGAAGUUAGAGAGAGAAAAAGGUUGGAAGAAAUGAGAGAGAUGGAAGAAAGAAAGAGAAGGGAGGAGGAAAGAGCCAAGAAUGAGGAGGAGCUGUUGAGGAUGGUGGAGAGGGAGGAGAGGGAGAAGAGGGAGAAGAGGGAGAAGAGGGAGGAGAGUAAAGGGAGAGGCAAGAGGGGUGCAGGAGAGGCUAAGGAGGAGAGUAAGGAAGAGGACGGAAAAGAAGAAGAAGGUGUAGAGGCAGAAGAGGAGGAGAGUGCGGAGGUUCCGUUGGUAGAGACGGCGGUUGGAGGGGCUCGGCGUAAGAAGAGCUUGAAGGGGAAGAGAAAAGGCGAUGGGCACCACUACAAGAUACACAGCCGGGUUCUCCGGUGGAAGAGGAGUGCUGAGAAGAUCAAGCGUGAACUGGACAAAGGAAGCGAGGAGAGGUGGAAAAAUAGAUCGAUUGAAGAGAUUAAGGAGCAGAAGAAGGUGCAUGACAUAGUGGAAGUUUCAGAGCUCAUCAAGAGCAAGGAGUGUGACAGGUUUUUUUUCCGGACUGGCAAGUACAUGAAGGGCGGGAGUGAGAGAUGGAAGAUGGUAGCAAAUGGGAUACUUGAGGAGGGAGGGGAGAAGAAGGUGGGAAAGGUCGAGGUUGGGCUUUUCAAGGGCGAGAGAGGAGAGAGUGUGGUCUACCACCUGAUGUUCAGGCCCACGGAGACUGAGAGGGCAGGAAUGGUCGGAGGCUCGUCGUUUGGGAAGGGAGACGAUGUGGAUGAGAUAAAGAAGGAGGAGUCCUCGGAUAUGUCUGGGUUUCGGUAUCCUCCUGGUGUCCGGUGUGAAAUGACGAGUAAUGGGAAUGAGUUCAGGAUAGAGUACCGGAAUCCCAAGAACACCAGCGAGGUUCUCCGGACUCUCACUAUUCUUCGGAUUCCUGAGAUCUGA